ACAUUUAAACUUGAAAAAACAGUAUCGGCGAAAAACUGAGAACUUUAUUCAAGAUAACAUUAUUGAAAGUUUGAUAUUGGGUGAACCAAAGACUACACGAACGAACGCGCCAGCUACUAGAUGUUCGCCCCAUCGUAGCUCUGUUGCUAGGGUAGAAUGAAAUCACAAAUUAAAAGUCAAGCAAAGUACAACGAUGUUUCUCUUUAUAUCCCUGACACAUUUCUAUACACAAGUUUCAUCUCCAACGUGAGGGCAACGUCGUAAGAUGUAGUUUUUACGAAGAAGAGGUAAAAUUUCCUAAACGCGGGGAGUUUUAUCGGUGAUAUUGGACUCGUGAUAAUAUGAAGUCACUUGUCUAUUGCACGUGUCUCUUUCUGUUUCAUUUUGAUUGUGCAUCUUUGUUAUCUGUACGAGUCCUGAAGCCCCAGCCUUCAAAAACAGGAAUAGAGGGCGCAUUACUCGUGGCCCCAGGGGCGUACAUUACGGGAGAGGCCUAUGAACCGCUAGGUUUACAGAUUGGCGCGUCCUGUGACUUCCGUCUCUGGGUCGUUCUACUAGUUGAUUUCUUUGACAACAUUGUUAAUCCACCACAGUUAGAAGGAGCAGUAACGAAGGCCAGACAAGCACUGACAGAUGCGGGUUUCAGCAACAGCAGUCCUGUCUUCCUGGCGGGCCACAGUCUAGGGGGGACAAUGGUAGCUAUGUAUGGACAGAAGAACCCGGAUCUUACCGGAGUACUGCUGUAUGCGGCUUACCUUACCAAAGGCAACAAACUGAAAGAUUACCCCGUCCCCGUGAUGACCUUGUCCGGUGACCUUGAUGGACUGACGAGGAUUACUCGUGUUAUGGACACCUACAUGGAGCUGCAUGAAGACGUAUUAUCCGACCCUACAGCCAAAUUCCGUACCCCAGUAAUAGUAAUGGAGGGACUGAAUCAUGGACAGUUUGCGUCUGGGACGAUGCCACCAAACGUUGCCACACACGAUCUGCCCCCUGACGUCACUAAUGCUACAGCAUAUCAGAAAAUAGCCAGAUAUACAUGUUCCUUUAUAUCUAAUACAAUAGCCAACAACACGAGUUCACAACAAGUUUUAUACGAAGGCUAUAAUUCAACAGGUCGCAUAAUGGAGCCACUGGAGCGUAUCAAGGCACUCGACACGAACAAAGAUUCAACCUCGCACUGGACGGAGACAGCUCAGGGGUUUGUUGUGGGAUUACGAAAUAAAUCACAAAUCCUAGUCAAAGGAACAGAGGUUGGUCAAGUAGUUCAGUUUGAAUUCCUGUCCCCCAAGACAGAGGUACAGAAUUCGGCAUUAAACAUCGUGACCUACUCUCAUAUUACAUACCCUUUCGACCCCUUUGACGUCACACUUGACCCUUUGUCACCUAUACAAAUACAAGCCAAACUGGUCACUCAAGACAGAGCAAGGAAUGCAUUUCCAGCAGGACAAUACUUCGCGGGAAAUUUAACAUGCAAAGAUAUAAACGAGCUGAGCGUACUAGCCGCUUUUCGCAACUCCUCCGAUACCGCACGGCUGAGAUACACCAAGCGAGGACGUCGAAUUUAUCUUAAUCCAGAUCAGUCCAUAGGAAACACGGUCCUUUGGCAGGCGUCAGAGAUAGAAAUACAGGACUUGAAAGAAGGUCUUCAUGUACUGUCAAAGAAGUACUCCGUGUCAUUUAAUCCCCAACAGGCUAGCUCGACUGGACUGCUGUACUGUACGCUAUUGUCCCCAUUCCGGGCAAUGGAGUGGAUCUAUGUUGAUAGUUUACGAAUUAAAUCAUAGUGCGAUCAAA